CAUCUCAAUGGUUGCUAAGAGACGGGGUUUCUACUAGCUAAACAGAGGUUCUCGAGCUUCUUUUCCUCGCUUUCUCGGCUUCAGCGUCUCCAAAUCCGGUGACCAUGUCCGACCCAGACAAUGAGGUGUUGAGAAGCACCUUUCCCUCUUACAUGGCGGAGGGCGAGCGGCUCUAUCUAUGCGGUGAAUUCACAAAAGCUGCCCAGAGCUUCAGCAACGCUCUUCACCUUCAGAAUGGAGACAAGAACUGCCUGGUUGCCCGUUCCAAGUGCUACCUGAAGAUGGGAGAGCUGGAGAAAUCCCUGAAGGAUGCAGAGGCGUCCCUCCAGGGUGACCCGACUUUCUGCAAGGGGAUUUUACAAAAGGCCGAGACACUGUACUCCAUGGGAGACUUUGAGUUUGCCUUGGUGUUCUAUCAUCGAGGCUACAAGCUUCGGCCUGACCGAGAAUUCAAAGUUGGAAUUCAGAAAGCCCAGGAAGCCAUCAACAACUCAGUGGGGAGUCCUUCUUCAAUUAAGCUAGAAAACAAAGGAGACCUUUCUUUCUUAAGCAAGCAGGCCGAGAAUAUGAAAGCCCAGCAGAAGCCACAUCCCAUGAGACACUUUGUGCAGGACACCAAGAGGGAGAGCAGGCGGAAGAGCUCGUUCAUGAGUGAGAAGACUGUCCGCCAGCUUCUGGGGGAGCUCUACGUGGACAAGGAGUAUCUGGAAAAGCUCCUACUGGAUGAAGACUUGAUCAAAGGAACUAUCAAGCGCGGUGUGACCGUGGAGGACCUCAUCAUGACAGGCAUCAACUAUCUGGACACACGCAGUGACUUCUGGAGGCAGCAGAAGCCCAUCUAUGCCAGGGAGCGGGACCGGAAGCUGAUGCAAAAGAAAUGGCUGCGGGAUCGCAAGCGCUGCCCCUCGCUGACUGCUCAUUACAUCCUCAAGAGCCUCGAGGACAUUGACAUGUUGCUGACCAGCGGCAGUGCUGAAGGGAGCCUUCAGAAAGCUGAGAAAGUGCUGAAGAAGGUUCUCGAGUGGAACAAAGAAGAGGUGCCCAACAAGGACGAGCUGGUUGGAAACUUGUACAGCUGCAUAGGAAAUGCCCAGAUUGAGCUGGGGCAGAUGGCGGCAGCCCUGCAGAGCCACAGAAAGGACCUGGAGAUCGCCAGGGAAUAUGACCUUCCUGAUGCCAAAUCGAGAGCCCUGGACAACAUUGGCAGGGUUUUUGCCAAAGUUGGGAAAUUCCAGCAAGCCAUUGACACGUGGGAGGAGAAGAUCCCUCUGGCAAAAACUACCCUGGAGAAGACCUGGCUGUUCCAUGAAAUUGGCCGCUGCUACCUGGAGUUAGAGCAGGCCUGGGAGGCCCAGUCCUAUGGCAAAAAGUCCCAGCAGUGCGCUGAGGAGGAAGGAGAUAUUGAGUGGCAGCUGAACGCCAGUGUCCUGGUGGCACAGGCACAAGUGAAGCUGAGAGACUUUGAGUCGGCCGUGGGCAAUUUCGAGAAGGCCCUGGAGAGAGCGAAGAUCGUCCAUAACAACGAGGCGCAGCAGGCCAUCAUUAGCGCCUUGGACGAUGCCAACAAGGGCAUCAUUGAAGAGCUGAAGAAAACUAACUACAGGGAGAGACUCAAGCAAAAGAGAGAGAAAGAAGAGGCCAUGGAGUUGGAUGGUGCCUCAAUGAAGGCAAAGAGAUUUAAUGAGAAGGAAAUGAAACGAGUGAAGGAAGAACCUGAGAAGGUGAUGAAGCGGUGGGAGAGAGAGCAUACUGAGACAGAUGACGAGAUGUCCAAGGAAGACCUAACGAGCAUAGCAUAUGGGCGGGAAGAGAGCAGACAGAGACCAGAUGCCUCCAACAGCAGCUCCUUCAGAACAGGACUGGGAGAGAUGGAAAGCGAUUUGGAAGAAGUUGGCCAAAGACUGCCUGCGGAAUUAGACAGAAGAGAAUCAACCAAAAUUUAUAGGAAGUCUUCAGAAGAAAUAGGCCCCACGCUCUCAGCAGGAUUAAGCAGAAGUGAAUCGGAAGAAAACAAACUUUCAGAACUAGGCAGAAGUGAGUCGAAAGAACUGGAAGAGUUAGAGGUGGGAAACACAGAAGAUUCUGAAGAGAUGGAAAAAGAAGAAAAGGAAGAUGAAUGA